AUGUCGCAGGAGAAAGAGAAAGGUGAGCUUCUCGAGGCCCUCCACAAGCAGUCACCGCUUGAACUUACUCUUGAAUCAAUGUUGCAGUGUGAUGGCAAGCUCCCAUGCUGCGACUGCAAGCUUCGCGAUAAGCCUCAAGGCUGUGUCUAUGCAGACGGUGCCAUGCCGAGGAACCGAGAAGCUGUGUCUCCUUACGGCGGCGCAGCGACCAUGUCCAUCCACAGCCCGAUGUCAGCUAAUACGGGCACCAUAGCUGCGGACUCGGGCAGCGGCAAGGGGCAUCAACUUAGCAAGCUUGGGUACGCACGAACCGGCACUUCAACAGCAGAUUAUCUGGAUAGAAUCGAUGUCGGUGAUGAUGAAGUCGUGGGUGAGCUCGAGACGUGUCCUACUGCAAGCGGCUAUGGAAAUCUCUGGGAGCGUUACAAGUCCCUGACCAAGCAGCUACCGACACGUGAAUGUAUCGCGGAACUAACUGAUUUCUACUUUCAAAAGAUCAAUUGGCAAUAUUACAUCUUGGAUGAAAGUUCAUUCAGGCAGAAGCUUCAUGAUUGGUACAGGCUUGACUUGCAGCCAUUCGCCGCAAAAAAGUUUGAACUUCUUCCCACGGACGUGAAGGCUUUUCCAGCUCUGUUAUUAGAGGUCGCUGCCACUUCUUUGCUAUUAAUGACACCGGAUGGGGCGCUGGAGCUGAAGUAUCUCAAGCGUAUUGAUGGCAUGUCAUUCGAAACCAUGGCCGUAAAGUAUAGUGAGACUGGCAUGGCCAUUCUGAACCUUCUUGGGAAAACUCGGAUCUCUUUAACAACGGUAUUUGCGGAUUUUCUCCGCGUUGCAUUUCUGAAGUACUUUGGACAAGUCAUAGAAUCAUGGCACGCCCUUGGAGAGGCCGUGAAAGAUGCACAGGAGAUCGGGUUGCAUCGAGCCAGUCGAGAUCCAAAGCCUCUCACGGAGGAUAUAGCAACAGUAAUCGAGAACCAGUGGAAUAUUCAGGAUCGCCGGAGACUCUGGAUGCUUCUAUAUGGCUGGGACAUUCACACGGCUAUGGUUCUUGGGCGGCCUGCGGCUAUUGACGACAAUACGGAGCCGAUACUUCCAGUCGAUGUACCCAUCACCGCAAACCGGCCGGUGACUCCGGUCUUGCCCAGAGGCGCUGAUGAUGUCCCAACACCCCUCACUCGUGCCAUCUGGGCGUACCGGAUUAUGAAGAAUCUUCGCCAGAUUCAGGAGUUAGAAAAGGAAGGCUCCUGUCCCGAAAGUUUCUCACGAAUUGACAGCCUUGAUCAAGAGCUACGACAACUUGACCAAAACAUCCCUCCUUAUUUCCGUCGCCGCAAUCCUGACAAGAGUUUUGAUUCAAUUCCCGAGUGCUACUGGCUAUCAGGUGCGAGGGCCACCCUUCCACAGCUCUUAUCCUUUGGCCUGGUGGCCUUGCACCGUCCAUACAUUUUCACACGCCUUGAAAGUCGGAUACACGCCCUAGGUGCUUGUCUCGACAUGCUACAAGCACAAAGAGAGCAUUUUGAGUCAAUCGAAGAAAACCAGUAUAAAACCUUCUUCUUGUUUUUCGGUACUUUUGAUGCUAUUGUGCUGAUUGCUUCAAUAUUCAUCUUCUUCCCACAAGAUCAUUUGGACAAGGGCGCCCAGGCGAUGCAGCACUUUCAGUGGUCUACAGAGCGGUUCGAGGCAAUGUCUGGCCAAAGUGCUCUCGCCAGGGCAGCGGCUGUCACCUUACGUACCUUCUCCGCACGCCUCAAACAGACUAUUCAAUGGGAGACCUGCUAUCCUUCGGCCGAUGCUCUAUCUGUCUCAAUAAAUACUCCAAGCUCGCACAUGCAGGCCAAGCGCGAUAACUUGGCAUCUUAUUCCGACGCCGUAUCAAGCUACUCAGAUACAGGGUUGUCGCCUUCCGGGCCGAAAAUGAAGUUAAGAUUCCCGAACGAUGAACCACCAGCUGCACUAUACGACUUCUCUUCCAUCGAACCCAUAUAUGCGAUAAGUGAUAUCGUAUACAACGACUUGAUCGGCAGUUCAGAUCUGCAAACUCCUUUCAGCUUCGAUAAUGACCCUUACUUACCUCAGUUCAAUGGUAACUUUAGCAAUAAUAGUAUAUGGAGUUUGUUGAAUAAUAGCCUCGACUAUACGAACACUUAA